CGACCCUAGUCACUUUCCAUUUGAAAUUUACCCUCGUAGGUCUGUGGUGGUAACUCAAGGUUGAGAGUUGACUAAAGCUCUCGUUUUCAUUUAGGAAAAUGGAUCUCACAGGUGUUCUUGAAGCAACAGUAUCUCCAGAUCAAAAUGCGCUACAAGCGGCUCAGACAUAUUUGGAAUCAGCUGCCCAGCAAAAUCUGCCCCAGUUUUUAGUAGCUCUAGUGACUGAGCUAGCCGAUGCAACGAAGUCGCAAAUCGCAAGAAUGGCGGCUGGUUUACAACUGAAAAAUCAACUUACCUCCAAAGAUGCUACAGUCAGACUACAGUAUCAGCAAAGAUGGUUGAGUUUAGACGAAGGAGUCAAAACUCAUGUGAAAAAUAUGGCAGUGCAAACACUUGGGACAGAGAUAGCAAGACCUGCCAUCGCCCCACAGUGUAUUGCAGCCAUUGCUUGUGCUGAAAUUCCUCAGAGACAGUGGCAGGACUUGAUAGAAAUCCUAUAUCAACUUAUAAUAGAUGCAAGCAAUACGGAGAAAGUGAGGGAACAUGCUUUGGAAACACUGGGUUAUAUUUGCCAAGAUAUUGAACCAGAACAUCUUGUUGAACGAGGGCACACUAUCCUAACAGCAAUUGUCACAGGGAUGAAAAAGGAAGAGCCAAAUAUGCAUAUCAGGAUUGCAGCUACAAAUGCCCUUCUCAAUUCUCUUGAAUUUACAAAGCAGAAUUUUGAAAGAGUGUCUGAACGAAACUACAUUAUGCAAGUUGUUUGUGAAGCAACUCAAACCAGUGAGAUUCAACUAAAAGUUGCAGCACUGCAGAAUAUCGUUAAGAUAGUGUCACUCUAUUAUCAACACAUGGAGGAGUACAUGGGUACAGCAUUGUUUCCAAUUUCCCUGGAUGCAAUCAAGUCAGACUGUGAUGAGAUAGCCCUCCAAGGAAUUGAGUUUUGGUCUUCGAUAUGUGAUGAAGAAAUGGACUUAGAAAUUGAAGCUGUUGAGGCCAGGGAAAAUAACAAGGAACCAGAACAAACAAGCAAGCACUAUGCCAAAGGAGCAUUGCAAUAUAUUGCACCUCUGUUGACGGAAUGCUUAACUAAGCAGGAAGAAUUUGAUGAUGAUGAUGACUGGAACCCAAACAAAGCAGCAGGAGUGUGUCUGAUGUUGCUGGCACAGUGCUGUGAAGACAAUAUAAUUAAUCAUGUUUCUUCAUUUAUUGAAACAAAUAUUGUUAAUGAAGACUGGAAACUAAGAGAUGCAGCAGUUAUGGCAUUUGGUUCAAUUCUUGAAGGACCUGAUCCACAGGCUCUGCAGCCAUAUGCAGCAAAGGCAUUGCCAACACUGUUGCAUUUAAUGGGAGACCAGUCUGUUGUAGUGCGUGACUCUGUGGCUUGGACACUUGGCCGAAUAUGUGAAAUUUUACCACAAGUUGUCAUUGGGGGGAAACUCCUUCAACCUUUGGUUGAAAGUCUUUUAGAGUCUUUAAAGGCAGAACCCAGAGUUGCUGCUAAUGUUUGCUGGGCAUUUAACUCCUUGGGGGAAGCAGCAUAUGAAGCUGCACCAGUCCCUGAAGAGGAGGAGGAACCACAGACUUACGCACUGUCACCCUGGUUUAGAAAAAUAGUGGAAAAACUUCUUGAAGUCACAGACAGAGGAGAUGCUAAUAAUGGAAACUUAAGAAGUUCUGCUUAUGAAGCCGUGAUGGAGUUAAUAAAAAAUAGUGCAAAGGAUUGUUAUGAAGUGGUACAAGGAACUACAGUGGUGAUUCUGGAAAGACUAAACCGAUUGUUAGAGAUGGAGAAAAAUGUUGCAGACAGAGCCCAGUACCAUGACUUGCAGUCUCUGUUAUGUGCAACACUGCAGAGUGUGUUGAGGAAGGUGAAUCCACAAGAUGCACUGCAAAUUGCCCCCCUGAUGAUGCAAGCACUGCUUCAGAUGCUCAACCCUAGCUCAGGAGCGAAGAUUGUGGGUGGGGUGCAGGAAGAUGCUCUGAUGGCAAUUGGUACUCUAGUGGAAAUUCUGGGGAAGAAUUUUCACCCUUAUAUGGAGUCUUUCGAACCCUAUUUAAUAGAAGCACUGAGAGAGCGAGUUGAAUACCAGGUUUGUGUUGCCGCUGUCGGACUAGUUGGAGACAUUGCUAGAGCAUUAGGAGACAAAAUAAUGAAAGUCAGUGACCUUUUCAUGCAGAUUUUAAUGGAAAACCUGGCGGACGCAAAUGUCCAUCGCAGCGUCAAACCUCAUAUUCUCUCAGUUUUUGGUGAUGUUGCUUUAGCCAUUGGGCCCAGUUUCGCUCCUUACUUUGAUGUUGUCAUAGCAACUCUGAAUCAAGCUUCAGUUACGAUUGUGGACAAAGCGGAUUAUGACAUGGUGGACUACUUAAAUGAGCUCAGGGAAGGAUGUUUAGAAGCUUAUACUGGGAUUAUACAAGGGCUGAAGGGCUCUGCAGACGGACCCAGUCCAACACCUUGUCCUCUGGAUCUCGUUCAGCCUCACCUUCCGCAUAUCGUCAGCUUCAUUGAAGUCAUAGCAACAGACGUGGAUCACACGGAGAGCAAUGUGUCCAGUGCUUGUGGUCUUGUCGGAGAUAUUUGCUCAGCAUUCGGGGCCCAAGUUCAUAUCCUUCUUGAGAAGCAAGCCAUCAACGAGCUUCUUCAAGAAGGACGACGAUCAAAGACACACAAAAGCAAACAAGUCGCUUCGUGGGCAACUAAGGAACUGCGUAAGCUCAAACAACAGCAGAAUUGAUCACUUGAAGGCGACCUCAGAGAGAGCGUGGGAGAGUGCGUGAGUAUGGAGCGCCCAAGAUGUCGAGAGCGUGCGUGCCUGACAUGCGUGGUGAGCGAGUGCGUUACCCCUACCCCCAAAUAGCAAAGCACCUGGACAAGGACCAAUUGACAGCCAAGUUGGAAAUCACGUGACAAGAUGACUACCUCGUAAGCGUGCAAGGUUGCGGUUGUAAACGGCGAAAAAAAUGGUUCCUGUUCCGACAAUCUCAGAUUGUUUGUCGUUGACCACAAAGUGUACGAAGACUUUACUUGUCUCCCGGACAAAAGUAAUUAGAGAGGACGCGAAAUAGUUGGCUUUCACAAGCCAGUCGUCUUCGAGGUGCUUAGAGCAAAGUAAUGUCUUUCUUUAACGUAGCUGAAUGAGACAAAUCACCUUUCCCCUAAGAAGAGAUUAUUAUUCUUUCCAAGGUUCAAUCUGCACCGAGACAGGCGUGCCCUAUGAACUUUGCCUAUUCUAAGCGCCAAUUGUUUGAAAAAAUGGUAUUUUUGUCAAAAGUAGCGGAAAUUAAACGAUUUACGAGACGAAUUUAAUGUACAGUAAAUAUUGCGUUAAAAGAUAAGGAAUUAGACACUCCACUGAAACUGGCUGUAGAACGAAGUGCUUUACAGUUGAGAAUGAAAUUCUAUGUAGCUGAAUUAAAAAUUAAAAGCAGUUUUCGAUA